UGUGGCACUAGCCCCUCCUGCUCGAUCCCGGAAGGUCUCCGCUUCCUUCCGAACACAGGAUCUUGGUAAUUUCUUCACCCGUUGCGCAGAGCCGAGUGAGCAAGCACAGGCAGUGAGAUGGGGAGCCGAGAAGAUGAAUACGAUUAUUUAUUCAAAGUUGUGCUGAUUGGGGACUCCGGGGUUGGAAAGAGCAACCUCCUGUCGAGGUUCACACGCAACGAGUUUAAUCUGGAAAGUAAAAGCACCAUUGGAGUUGAGUUUGCCACCAGGAGUAUCCAGGUAGAUGGAAAAACAAUCAAAGCACAGAUCUGGGACACAGCAGGACAGGAGCGAUACCGUGCCAUCACUUCAGCGUACUACCGUGGAGCUGUAGGUGCCCUGCUGGUGUACGAUAUUGCCAAACAUCUGACAUAUGAGAAUGUAGAGCGGUGGCUGAAGGAAUUGCGUGAUCACGGCGACAAUAAUAUUGUCAUCAUGCUGGUUGGGAACAAGAGUGACCUUCGCCAUCUGAGAGCUGUGCCAACAGAUGAGGCAUGGGCUUUUGCAGAGAAGAACUCUCUUUCAUUUAUUGAAACAUCUGCCUUGGACUCAACUAAUGUGGAGGAGGCUUUCCAAAAUAUUUUAACAGAAAUUUACCGCAUUGUUUCUCAGAAGCAAAUUUCGGACCGGAUGGCACACGAGACACCUGGUAGUGAUGUUGUUGAGAUUGAUGUCCCCCCAACAAGUGAUGGGCAGAAAUCUAGUAAACUGCCAUGUUGUCAGAACAUGUGAUCUACUGAUUUUGUUCUGCUCUGAUUCCCACCCCUGCCUGUCCAUUAUUGUGUGUUUGGAACACUUAAGUCCAAUGAAUGAUUUAAACUUUGUUUUCGAUUUUGUUUUGCUGUUACCACAAGCAGUAAAUAAUUACUUGAAACGUACAGAUGAUAUCACAGAUCCCUUUGCUCAAGGCCUAGAGACAGGCUGCCACUAAUUUAAACACAGUUUUAACCAGCCUCUUAUUCUCAGCUGAGAAUAAAGACACAGGCAAGCUGACAAGGUUUCCCAUGGCAUUCUGGGGCCUGGAUGAUAGAAGGAAAGCCUUGCCUGUCUGCUAUCUCCGAAGGCCUUGGAGAGGUGACCUUGGUACAGUCUCAUUCCAGUUCCAAGUGGAUCUGGAUCCACAGCACAAACCUGGAAUAGUUCAGGACAAGUUCAAUUUCAGUCCAUCUGAAGUGAUUUAAGAGAAAAUAUUUAAGCAGAGAUGAAAUAUUUGUUCUACUAAAGAACAUCUGCUGUUUUAUAGCAAAUACAAUUAAAAAAUAAAUGUUGUUAAAUUCUA